GCGGUGGGCACGUGAGCCUCCCGGCCGGUAUUUAAAGGCUGCGGCUGCCCGCACCACCUCAGUCCAGCCAGGACGGCGACGGUGAAGCACCUGGGUUGAGAGGGAGGCUCAAGGUAACGCGGGCACCCCCUGCUUCCCCUGUCCCCAGCCCGCGCCUCUGGCGAGGCAGGGUGUAUGUGGGACCCGGGAGCGGGUCUCACUGCGUGUCGCCCAGCAACACCUUCCUCCCGCACCAAAGUUAUUCGGCCCCAGGCACAGCCAAUCUACCUGGGCAAGACAACUCCAGGGCGAAGGACACGAGCGAGCAAGCGGAGGAGAGAGGGGGUCCUGCUGGAGAAGGCUGGGUCCCGGCAACGAGCACGUGGUGCUGCGUGGACACACGAGAGGACGAGGCUUUCCGGAUCCUUGCAUCCGGCCUAAUACGACCGUUUCCAGGACGCCCCCAGUUCCACCUCUCGAGCUUCCUGAGCCAUGACCCAGGCCCCCGACAAUAUGGAGGACCCUGUUAACCUGGGCGGCGGCUGUGGCUGGGCAUCCUCGGCCCCCUUGCCCAGCUGGUCCUCCUGCCACCGGAGGCGCAGGGGCGCCCCGAUGUACAAGCGGCGGCAGCGCUACGGCCCCAAGGCGGAGUAUGAGCCCCCGAGGAAGCAGCCCAAGUACCAUUAUGGCCGGGGCCCCUGGUUCCAACCGCCCCGACGGCCCUCUUGGGCCAUGUAUUCCCACUGGGGGCACUGGGGAGGGCCCUGGCACCCUCCUCCUGCCACAUUCCGGAAGCCCCCGAGACAGGUGCAAGUGAUCCGGGUGUAUGGCCUGCCGCCAUUCUGCCUCUGCUGCUGCUCCUGCUGGUGCGGGCCCUGGAACCCCGGCUGGAUGAGACCUCCAGGCAGGAAGAAGCGCUGGGGGCGCAGGGGCCGCGGCCUGCGUCGCCACUCUCGCCGCCCCUUACCGAGGAACCCGCCCGCGGAACUGAACAAGCUCCUUCGUCCGGUCAACAUGUACGGGUGGCAGGCGCCCGGAAUGCGUGCUCCGCCCAACACCACGCAGUUCAUCAUGAACCAGAUUUACGAGGACAUGAGGCAGCAAGAGAAGCUGGACCGCCAGCAGGAGGCGCUGCGCACGCAGCAGGCACAGGCCGGAGGCCAGGCCUCCCCAGCGGGCUCCUCCGGAAGCGAUGUGCCCCUCAUUGGCAGCGAGGAAGAACCCUUUUAUGGAUUUGCGCAAAAUCCAUCUCUCCUACUCAGUCCCGCCCCAGAGGAGGAAAUGCAGUCGCUCAUCCCGCAACUGGUGGAGGAAGAGGAAGAGAAAAAUGAAGAGAAGUAUGACAAGGGGGUGUACGAUGCAAGAGAGGAGAGUGAGGAGGAAGAAGCUGAGGAAGAGGCAGAGGAUGAAGAGGAGGAGGAGGAGGUCGAAGAGGCUGACUAUAUGGAGGAAGGGGAGGAAGAAGAGGAUGCAGAAGAGGAGGAGGGGCUAGUUCUGCAGGAGGAUGGGCAGAGAGAGGAAGAAAACCCUUUGCCUCUGGAAAUGCCUUUAUCAGUCUUAGUAGGGGAUGAAGAAGAGAGAGAGGACUUUAUAAACUAUGCUUAUUUCAGCCCAGAACAGAUAAUUUCCCAAUUGCCGCAGGAUACUCUAUUCAUGGUACCAGACAUUAACUGUUAGACAUCAGGAAAGGGGUUGAGGAAUGAGAUGGAACUAAUUGGAGGCUAAAGUGGAUUAGCAACUUAUUAAAAAUUAAAAACUGAGUUCCGUGAAAAAAAAAUAUAUAUGUAAACCCCUUCUUUGGCCAUUAUAAAAAGUUUAAACAAUGA